AUGAGAAAUCUUUUAUUCUCAAUCCUUCUGUUGAUAUUUUCUACUAAUGAAGUCAAUGCUCAAUGCUCUUCUGAUACUAUUCCCGACUCAUUAGCAACAUUGACUCAAUACCAAGUGGGAUCUGAAGGAGAUGCGUAUUACAGUCAUUUUUUGGUGAAUGGGGGAGCUUCCUUCUCUUAUGGAAAUGCUUCUGCCAAGGCGUUGUAUGAAUUGGAAGCGUAUGCAAUAUCUGCAGCCACCACAAACUGUACAUCAUCAUGUUUGACUUCUGUUUCAGCAUAUUAUAAAACGGAUUCUGAUAAAUUAACUCUAAUUAUGCUCCGCCCAUCUGAUGAGUCCUUGUAUCCGAACUACACCAGUAUGGGACUUCCUCCUUUCCUCUGUGCAACUGUUUCCGGAAAUUGUGGAUCUACUAAACCAUUGUACCAGUACUACUCGUCAACAUAUGAGGACUAUUAUGCUGACAUUGAACAAAUGAACAACACGAGUGCCACGUAUUCUGUUGCUAUGAUGGGUCUUCCGUUGUGUUAUUUGUGGGUGCCAUUGACAACUACAACUACAACAACUACCACAACCACUACUACCAGCCCGAUCAACGAAACAACUACUACGAUACCCGUGAAUGGAACAACGACUACGGUACCAUUAAACGGAACAACUACAACUUCGCCAACAAAUGAAACAACUACAACUGUUCCCGUGAAUGGAACCACGACUACAAUACCCACAAAUGGAACGACAACAACACUUAAAUCGAAUGGAACUACAACAACAACUCCUUCAAGUGGAAAUGUUACAACUACAACUGUACCAUCAACUGGAACGAACACAACUACAUCCUCUAGCUCUGGUAAUUCAACAAGCACCAGUUCACCAGGUGAUGGAGGAUCAGGAGAACCACCAGGAAACAGUGAUGAUGAUGGAGACAAUAAGGGUUGGUGGCAUACUUGGAGAUGGCCAAUAAUCGUUGCUGCUUGUCUGAGUGGAGCAUCGAUUGUUCUUUCAAUCAUAGCAUGUCUUACAUGUUGUUUCAUCGGAAGUGCAGCUGUAGCAGCGAAACCAUAUUCUCCUCCUCCAAUCUACACGUCUCCAUCUCCUCCUGAACUUCCUCCAAACCCUGUUGAGGCUCAAUCGAUGCAACCGUAUACUGUUGGGUUGCCACCAACCAGUGGUCCCUAUUAA